GCUUCCCCUCUCCUCUCGUCCAAACACUAGCCACACUCCUCUUCGGAGACGAGGCCACCGGACAUGUAUGACCCCGGCGGCAGCUCCUCGUCCCGGCCGCGUGGCGCGGAUGAGCUGCAGCCGGAGGUGGUUCUCUACACGGCGUCGCGCCGCAGAGGGCGCACCUCCGCCGACCGCUACGCCUUGUGCGCCCUGCUGCGCGGCUACGGCCUGGCCGUGGACGUGCGCGACGUGUCCAGGAGCAAAGCGCACCGCUGCGAGCUCAAGUCCUUGCUUGCGGCUCGGGGCUGCGCCUUCUCGCUCCCGCAGCUCCUCGUCGGCGGCCGGCUCGUCGGCGGCCCUGACGAUGUUAGGCAGCUGCACCGGGCCGCCGGGCUGCGGCCUCUCCUCGACGGCGCCCCAAGGCCGAGCCCCGCCUUCGUCUGCCAAGCCUGUAAGAGGGUCGGCUCCGUGCCGUGCCCAAAGUGCAGCGAGCCCCGCAACAAGAUGCUGGCUCAUGGCAUUAUCGAGGAAGAGGAGGAGGAGAGGGUUGUCCUAUUUUAUCCAACCCAAGAUGUUUCAAUGGGAGGUAGAGGCAGAGAGAUGGAUGCCAGUUUCAGUGUUUCUCUUGGCGCCAUGAGCCCCCUUCUUAAGAAGCUUGACAUGAUGCUAGGUCCUCAUGGAUGCAAGCUGACCAAGGGGGUCAAUGAUAGGUCGCAGCUCCUCAAAGAUGAUCUUGAAGAAAUAGCCGCAUACCUUGAAGAUCUGUUAGAGGUGGAGGACCCUCCCAUGAUGGCCAAGUGCUGGAUGAAAGAAGCACGGGAGUUAUCUUAUGACAUCCAAGAUUGCAUUGACAACUUUGUGCCCCCUGAGUCUCUUGGCUACAAAUCUGACCACAAGAUGACUCAUGUUAAGAUUCCCAAGAGACUCAAGUGGCAGAAACAGAUUGAAUAUGCAGCUCCUGAUGUGUCAGGACAUGUUAUCUCCAAAAUCAUUCGUGUUGAUGUCAUUCGUGCUCCCAGGAAGCUCAAGUUGUACCAGCAGAUGGUUGAAAAGGUGUCAGAAUUCAGGAUCUAUGCUCGGGAGGCGAUCCGACGGUACGAGAGGUACCAGCUCCAUUCUUGUAGCACCUCGGCGGCACGUAGAUUUUCAGCCAUUGGGCCUAUAAUGCCAAUGCCGCCAAUGCCUUGUGAGAAAACUUGUUCCGGCCUAGUAAUUGAUGGUCGGAUGAGCAAGUUUAUUAACUCUCUGGCUAACGACGCGGAUCAGCAGCUCAAGGUGGUGUCUAUUCAUGGAUUUGGAUGUCUUGGUAAAACAAUGCUUGCCAAAGUGUUGUACAAUAAAAUUGGGAGGAAAUUUCAUUGCCGGGCUUUCGUCCGGGUGUCCAAAAAGCCUGAUAUGAAGAGGCUUUUCCACGACAUGCUAUCACAAUUACAGCGGAAGCAGCCCCAAGCAAGCCAAGAUGCUUCUGAUGAACUUCGCAUUACUGCUGAAAAUAUCGGCAAUUGUCUACAUGGCAAAAGGUAUCUAGUUGUUGUUGAUGAUUUGUGGGAUACAUCAGCAUGGGAUGUUAUUAAUCAGCUUUUUCCCAAGGGUAGUCAAGGCAGCAGAAUAAUAACAACUACACAGAUUGAAUAUGUUGCAUUAGCAUGUUGCAGCGAUGACCCAGAACAAGUUUUUGAGAUGAAUCCUUUGGAUGAUGAUCACUCAAGGAAGCUAUUCUUUGACAGGCUUUUUGGUUCUGAAAGUAACUGUCCUGACGAAUUGAAACAAGUUUCAAGCCAAAUUGUAGAAAUAUGUGGUGGUUUACCGCUAGCAACCGUCAGCAUUGCUAGUCUUUUAGCAAACCAGCCUUUUGUAUCAGUGGAUUUAUUGACACACAUACAUGAUUCGUUAGUGUCUUGUUUGUCAUCAAAUUCAACUUCAGAAAGAACGAGACAAGUACUGAACCUCAGCUACCACAGGCUUCCUCAUUACCUCAAGACAUGCUUGCUCCAACUUGGCAUGUAUUCAGAGGGCUCCAUAAUCUUCAAACAUGACCUGGUCAGGCAAUGGGUGGCUGAAGGGUUUCUUGCUGCAAGUGAAGGGCAAAAUAUGGAAGAAGUUGCUGGAAUGUAUUUUGAUCAACUUGUUGAUAGAAGAUUCAUCCAACCUGUGUCUAUCAACUUCAACAAUGAGGUGGUGUCCUGCACAGUUCAUGCCCUGGUGCAUGAUCUUGUUGCGCACAAGUCUGCCGAAGAGAAUUUCCUUGUGGUGCUAGAUCACAAUCGAAAUAAUUUGACAGUUUCUCAUAAGGUCCGUCGACUGUCUCUCCAACUUGGUGAUACAAAAUAUGCCAAGAUACCAGCAAACAUCAGAAAGUCACAAGUACGGUCACUUGGAGUUUUUGGAUUAUCAGAGUGCAUGCCCUGCAUUGCAGAGUUCAAGCUUGUUCGUGUUCUGAACCUUCAGCUAUCUGGCCAUCAUAAUGGCGACCAAGACCUGGCUAUAGACCUCACUGGGAUAUCUGAAUUGUUCCAUCUUGUAUAUCUGAAGAUUGUAUGUGAUGUCUGCAUAAAAUUGCCAACCCGUAUGAGAGGGCUGCAGUGCUUGGAAACACUGGAUGUUAUGGAUACACCAAGAGGCACCUAUGUUCCAUGGGACAUUAUAUAUCUGACACGCUUGUUGCACCUCAGUCUUCCUCCUGACACAAAUCUUGUGGAUUGGUCUUUCGGUGACGAUCUGAGCCUUUGCAGGCCGAACCACCUGCAGGAUCUUUGCAUUUCUACACCGCCUUCUUCAGAUUCCGGCCAUCUGAUGAGAAACAUGUAUGCUCUUGAUUAUUUAAGGUAUGGACAUGACAGCCUGAAAAGUAUAAAACUGGUGGCUCACGGAUCCUCGGUUAGCUAUGGUGAUGCUUCAAAAGCAGGAUUUAAGUGGGUUUUGGAUAAACUUACGCACCAUGUCCAGAGAGUUGAGGUCUCACCGCACAGCCCCGUCGUAUUUUGUGAUAUGCAUUUGUGGAAUAUCCAACAUGGCAACCUAUGCAUUCUGAAAAUUGCAGUGGAUGGACUGUCAGUAAAUGAUGUUGAUAUUCUUAGAGGGUUGCGUUGCCUCACUGCUCUGUCGUUGUAUGUGGAGAAGUCACCUGGUAUUAAGAUAAUCUUUGGCACGGCUGCUGGAUUCACCGCUCUCAAGUACUUGAAGCUUAGGUUCAUGAGUGGAAUAGCUUGGCUAAAAUUUGAGGCGGACGCAAUGCCAAAUCUCUGGAAGCUCAGGCUCGUUUUCGACGCCAUCCCCCCACUGGUGGACCAACGACUUGAACUUUAUUCUGUGCCUGACCUGUGGAAACAAUAUCGGCAUGGUACUGCAUUAAUCAGCAUCGACCAUAUGACAGGCCUUAGAGAAGUCUCUGCAAAAUUUGGAGGUGCAGCUGUUGAUCUGCAGUAUGUCUCGAGGAUUGGCGUAGUUAUUAAUCAUCGGGGCAAUCCUGUAAUCAGCGUGCAAUUAGUUGACUCUGGUUCCUAUUGUGAGGAAAGCACAGUACAGAAACAACAAUCAGAUGAUGAUAAAAGGAUAUCAUGGAGGUCACCGGAGUCUUGUUCGCGCCUGCAUCCUCCAGGUGUAGAGGAGGGUGGAGAGCAGCAGGAUGUGGUCUCGUGGAGCAAUACCAUUGGUGUGAUAGGUCGUGACCUCUUCAUCUAUUGCCUCCACCGCCUCUCCAGGUGGGAAUAUGGCGCCAUCGCCUCCCUCAACCAUGAUUUCAAUUCCGUGGUUCGCAACGGGGACAUCUACCGCCUGCGUCGCAAGAACGGGGUCGCAGAGCACUGGCUCUACCUCUCUUGCGGUAAUAAUCCUCCGGAGUGGGAAGCUUAUGACCCGUCCACUGGGCGCUGGAUCCAAGUGCCCAACAUUCCACCGGCUCAAAUCGUCAUCUGGGAGUCGCUCGCUGUAGGAACCGAGCUGCUGGUGUUUGGGUCCUGGGGAAGGGUUGCCUUGAGAUAUAGCAUCCUUACCAAUUCAUGGACAGGGCUGGCGGAUGCGAUGAACACCCCGCGGUACUCGUUUGGGUCAGCGAGUGUCGGUGAAAAGGCGUAUGUCGCGGGAGGCGUUGAUUCUUCUCUUAUUAAUGUAUUGAGCUGCGCAGAGAUGUAUGACUCAGAGACACAUACUUGGACACCCCUUCCCAGCAUGAAUAGGGCUAGGUACGGAUGCUCUGGCGCGUUCAUGGAUGGCAAGUUCUAUGUGAUUGGUGGUAAUAGCAGUAGCCGCGAGCUAUUGACAUGCGGUGAGGAGUAUGACUUGAUCCUGCGGUCAUGGAGGCUCAUCGACAACAUGUCUCAGGGGCUCAACCAGACAAGCCGGGGAGGUCCUGUGCUCCUUGCAGUUGUGAACAAUGAGCUUUAUGCCGCUGAUUACAGAGAGGAUGAAUUGAAGCAGUAUGAUAAGCAGGACAAUAAGUGGAUCACUCUUGGGAAAUUACCUGUGCGGUCUAAGCAAGAGGGCAGUGACAUUCGUUUCCGAGCUUGUGGUGACCGGCUGAUUGUUAUUGGGUCUCCAAACAAUUCUAGUGAUGAAGAAGUGGUUGAGCUUCAUUCAUGGACCCCGGAUGGGCAACCGCCUGUGUGGAAUUUGCUUACCACAAAGCCACAAGGGGUCUACCGGAUUGUGUGCGCGGUGAUGGGUUGCUGAGUCGGUCGAUUCAAUAUGAUGCGGGCUGUGCCUCAUCCUCAGCCUGAAUUUCUUGGGAGCACUCCGCUGAUGAUGAUAUAAAAAGAGAAGACAUGAAUGAGUUCCAGAGAAAGUGCCUGCAGAAACAUCCGAGUUUUAGUCACUCGCUGUUAUUUCCAGUUGCAAUUUGUGUUCCAAUAAUGUUUUGACGCUUUCUACGGUGUUCUGAUGAUCUUCAUCUCCAUCACCAAACUUUAUCCGUACAGUAAAACAGUAAUCUCAGUUACCUUUCAAACAUCGAAUUCGGUCUCUAGCUUGCCCUCUUGUUUUGUUCAAGAUUUUUCAAACUCUGAAUAAAAAGCAAUUUGGACCCGACGA